GUUUGCAUUCACAAUAUCUCAGUGCGGCUUGCAUUUGCAGCAGCUAGUAAACGUUGCCAAACGCGGUACCCACAAUGCAAAGCUAUGCUAGCUGGUCCCUAGCAGAGCAGCCUGACUGCGAGCAAAAAACAACAACAGGCUACUCUGCGAAGAAGGCAGCUGCAUGGAUAGCGACAAUACUGACGACCAGGCUUUUACGCAUGCAGAGAAUUAUCUCAAACCAAAAUGCAUCUUAGCCUUAUAAUCAGCGGUGGCGGCAGCAGUGGUGCCAUGAACAGUGGACUCCCAGCUUCAGCUGCUCCGCUCGGGGGUGCCGGGAUACCCAAUGUGAAGGUGAAGUUUUGCCGAUAUUACGCGAAAGACAAAACCUGCUUUUAUGGAGACGAGUGUCAGUUCCUGCAUGACGAUCCGUCCAUGGGAAGCCUGUCGCUGCACGGCGGCGGUAGCCCCGUCCCGUUGUCCAUGGCUGGGGGUGGCGGGACGCCAGCGGUGUAUUCCCUUGGCAGCUCCGCGGCGGCCUGCCCGGGUGGCGGGGGGACUGGUGUGUCUAAGAAAAGCGAAACAUUGGGCCCUGCAGGCACGUCUCUGGAGGGGCAGCUAUUAACCAUCCCAGGGAUGGAGGGUGCAACCCUGAGCGAUGCCAAUCUCACAAACUCGUACUUCAGCAGCAGCUUUAUUGGGGUCAAUGGGUUUGGAAGCCCAGCAGAGUCUAAAUACUCAAUGAUGCAGCGAAUGACUACCAGCAGCAGCUCUCCCAGUCUCCUCAACGAUGGUGCCAAAAACUUUAGCCACAGCACUCAUGAUCCAGUGAACUCCCCGACAUCUUCACUGUUCGGUGAUUUUGGUGCUCUUAGCAUUUCCCAAAGGAGAAAGACUCCAAACCCUACAGCAAGUGAGUUCAUCCCUAAGGGAGCUCCUCGAAUGGCCACCAUGGCUCAGUCCACUGUCCAGGCAUUCCCAUCGCCUCUCUUCCCACAUCCUGGCCUUAGCAGCUCAACAGCUGCUGCACUUGCUCCUGGCAUGUCUCUGUCUGCCGGAUCUUCUCCUCUCCACUCCCCAAAAAUCACACCGCACACCUCACCUGCUCCUCGUCGCCGCAGUCACACCCCAAACCCUGCCAACUACAUGGUGCCCACCACUGCAGCUGACCAGGGUACUCACAUAAUCCAGAAAGAGACUGUAGGGGGGACCACCUACUUCUACACAGACAACACCCCAGCACCAAUGGCUGGGAUGGUGUUUCCUACCUACCAUAUCUAUCCUCCCACUGCGCCCCAUGUGGCUUACAUGCAGCCAAAAGCCAAUGCCCCGUCCUUCUUCAUGGCUGAUGAACUUCGACAGGAGUUGAUAAACAGACAUCUGAUAACCAUGGCCCAGAUUGACCAUUCAGAGAACCCAGAUGUACCAUCUGAGGUGGACAGCUACCACAGCCUCUUCCCCCUUGAGCCCCUCCCCCCACCAAACCGCAUGCAGAAGACCAGCAACUUCAGCUACAUUACCUCCUGCUACAAGGCGGUCAACAGCAAGGAUGACCUGCCUUACUGCCUGAGGAGGAUACAUGGUUUCCGCCUUGUUAACACCAAGUGCAUGAUGCUGGUGGACAUGUGGAAGAAAAUUCAGCACUCAAACUCUGUAACACUGAGAGAGGUCUUCACCACGAAGGCCUUUGGAGACCACUCGUUGGUGUUCUCCUAUGACUUCCAUGCGGGUGCAGAAACCAUGUUCAGCAGACACUUUAAUGACCCAGCAGCAGACUCGUACUUCACCAAGAGGAAGUGGGGACAACAUGAACCCCCACCGCCACGGCAGCAUGCAGGUCUGCUCCCCGAAUCUCUGAUAUGGGCCUACAUUGUCCAGCUCAGCUCGGCCCUGCGCACCAUCCACACUGCCGGACUGGCCUGCCGUGUCAUGGACCCCAGCAAGAUUGUUAUUACUGGCAAGACCAGGUUACGGGUGAACUGUGUUGGGGUGUUUGAUGUCUUAACUUUUGACAACAGUCAGACCAAUCAUCUUGCCCUAAUGCCACAGUACCAGCAAGCAGACCUAGUGUCGCUGGGCAAGGUGGUGCUGGCGUUGGCAUGUAACUCCCUGGCUGGUAUUCAAAGGGAGAACCUGCAGAAGGCCAUGGAGCUGGUGUCUAUCAACUACUCUUCAGACCUCAAGAACCUCAUUCUGUAUCUGCUGACUGAACAGUCUCGUCUGCGCAGUGUCAAUGACAUUAUGCCAAUGAUUGGAGCUCGAUUCUACACACAACUGGAUGCAUCGCAGAUGAGAAAUGAUGUUAUUGAGGAGGACCUGGCCAAGGAGGUGCAAAAUGGCCGUCUCUUCCGCCUGUUGGCCAAACUGGGCACCAUCAACGAGCGGCCAGAGUUUCAGAAGGACCCAACGUGGUCGGAGACAGGCGACCGCUACCUGUUGAAGCUUUUCCGGGAUCACCUGUUUCACCAGGUGACAGAAGCUGGGACGCCAUGGAUCGACCUCAGUCACAUCGUCUCCUGUCUCAACAAACUGGACGCGGGUGUUCCUGAGAAGAUCAGCCUGGUGUCUCGGGAUGAGAAAAGCGUCCUGGUUGUGACCUACUCGGACCUGAAGCGCUGCUUCGACAGUACCUUCCAGGAGCUGCAGGCUGCAGCCUCCGGCUCUCUGUAGCGCCCUCUUUGGGCCCAGGAUGGUACUGUCCGUACCUGGAGCACACUAUUGCACUACAGCAGAGGACCAGGCUCAUGGAGAUAACAUCAGCAUGGCAAAGGCAGCGGGGCAGGGCUUCGUGAACCUCAGUCACAUACACUGACCGUGUCCACCUGGAAGGCUUUUUCUAAAGUGUAUUUUUUUUUUGUUUUCCUAAACCCCGCAGCUGAAAAUCGUAAAACAAAAGGACAAUAAUGUUAAUGGACAAAAACGGAACCUGUGACGAACGAGUAUGAUGACAUUUUUUUAGAUUUGGGGAACAAAACAAGAAACAAACCAUGUGGUUUGGAACUUUUUUCCGGCUUUUAUUGUUUAUUUCUACAGUUGGGGUUUAUUUUUGUGAGGAGGAUGCACUAAGAUUUUAAUUUUUUUGUUAAUUUUUGUUAUUUUUAUCAAUAUGUGAGUGCCCUACAGGGUGUACAGAGAGCUAAAGUCACACACGGACAUAAAUCCCAGAGCAGACUAAGAGUUAAAACAAACAAGCAAACAACAAAAAAAGAAAUCCAGCUUUCUAUUUCCUAUGUCUCUCUCCCGGCUAGAGACCACACCCCUUCAUUCUGACGCACUAGGAGAUGGGAUACACCACUCGAGGCUUGCAUUGGUGCAGGAUGGCACCUGUUUCAUGAAAUGGGCCAGCCCACCUUUGCCUUGGUUGUUGGUUCCCCUUCAUAAAGGACAAACCACUUGGUGGGGGGGGUUUAAACUAGAAAGAUCAAUGGAUUUCUGACAUUUUAGUUCAGGAGAUUGUGGAACAUCCUGCUCAUAUGUGUGGAUGGGUGGGCUAUCAUGGACUGGGAUUUGGAGGGGAAAACAUGGUUUUUGUUGGCACUGAGGAAGGCGUGUCUUCUCCGGAUGCCGUCUAACAAGUGUUUGUUACAUAUGCAGCAACCACCUUUGGUUAAUGGACGCUAUCGUGACAUGAACUGCUUAAGGAUGGGUCAUUUUUGUUUGGCUGUCCAGCACUUGGACGUAGCCCUUAGGUGGGGCUUCUUGUUGAGGUGGAGCCACAGCUGCCUCUUUGUGGAAUGUCCUUAUUUUGUCCCCCACCUGUCCUCCUCCACCAACCUCCCCUUUCUUGGUCUCUCUCUUACUCUCCCCUCUUCUUCCUGCUUUUAUCCCAAUCUUCCCUUCCCCUUGGGGGUCUUGGUCCCUCUACAUUUGAGAAAAAGUGACACUCUUUGUGAUUUUUCUAGCUAGUUUUUCUCUUUGCUAGACAUUGUGCAGGAAUGCAUGAUGGGAACUGGGAGGGCAAUUCAUUUUUCCCUCAAUUCAACUUUAUUCUGUGGACCAAAUCCAGCAGGGGUUUUGGGAAAGGGGAAGGGAUGGAUGGCGAAGGAGAAACAAGGCACCACAAGUUUUUUUGUCUUGUUUUAUUUGACUUUUAAAGAUCAUGAAAUACAAACGUGCUGGAGACAAAGCAGUCUCCAGCAUUUACUCGGAUGGCUUGGAUUUUUCUCAGGAUGACUAACAGCUGGUGGGGCCCAAUGAUUGAAUGUGUUUGGCUGUCAUUGGUCGCCCCCUGUCCAGUCAGAUGGCUACAGUGGAGUGGGUGGGCCAUCUUCAGGUGGAGGUUUUAGGAAGUAAGCGGCACUGUGGAGAUCACGCUGUGAGGGAUUUCAUGUUGCCCUAAAGUACGGUUCAUAUUCCGUUGAUGAUUUGAAUCUCUUAAAAAUAAAUUUGGUGCAAACCUGCUUCACCCAGAUAAAGAGAUCAAUCCAAGCUCUGUCUAACCACUGUUCUUGAUUUCUCUGCCUUAGCCUAGUUCUCUGUAGCUUUUGACAAGCGUGUACAUACGUAAGACUGUAGAAAAACAGGGUCUCAUGUAUGAAGCACACUGUCAGAUAAGAGACAAAUUAAGGUGGAUGGUGUAAACGGGAACAGUGUUUUGGCUUUUACGUAAACAUUUCCAAGUUGUCAUGGAAGUGGAUGGUCUGUACUUGAGGGUAACCAACCUGCAGGGAGUUGGCUGUGUUAGAUCAUGUACUACUUCCGCCGUUUCAGUGAAAUGAACAGACAAAAACAUAUUUGGUGAAUGUGGUGCAUUAGAAAAAACACACACACACACACACACGCCACCUAACUCGGUCCACACAAUGUCAGUGCUCAUAUCACUAACUUCCACAUCACAACACAAACACUCCAGUUAAAAUUAGUGAUGACCUUCUUCUCCUCCCCCACAUCAACAUACAUACAUUCACCAUCAUAGUAUGUUUUAUGCCCCUCUUGUGUUCAUUGUCUCAAAUUUUGCAAUAUUUGUGUGUACAGCAGUAUUUUAAUAAAGAAUACCAAAACUGA